AUGGGCAACAAACCAAGCGGUCCAAUGUUGGAUGAAGAGGAAAUUCAGGGAAUCUGCGCUUCAACUGGAUGUAAGUUGGUAUCUUUUGAUGGAAUUUUAUGUUAAAGUCAUAUGUUCUUUUUUAGUUUUAAUAACAAAAGGUAUAAGCCGACGUAUUUUACAAUUCAUAUUCAAAAAAUCUCAAUCUGACAGGGGAAGUACUAAAAGUGCGACGCUCAGAUUUUCUUUAAAAUUUGCACGAACGUCGGAUAUGGACUAAAUAUCAAUUCCUGAAAGUUUUAGCUCGCGCUUUGCGGCCGCCGCCGAGAUAUCGAACGAUUUUUGCCGCCGAGAGAGCACGAUAACCGUGGAUUGCGGUCAGAGAGAAAAGCGCUUUUUGGCCAUAACUUUGGCACUUCCGUGCGGAAAAAUGUGAUUUUUUGUAGAAACAUUAUCCUUUACGGUUGAAAUAGGCAUGAAACUUUUCGUGCCGAAAUUCGGCAAAAAGUACUUAAUUUUCGUUUACUUUCGAUCGAAAAAUCUCGGUUGUUUCUGCAAAGCGCGAGCUAGGAUUCUCGGAUAUAUCUUAGAAAACAUUAUUCUAAAUUUGUGCCAAGUUUCAUCAAAAUCUGAGCGUCGCACUUGGAGUACUUCCCCUGUGAAUGCAAUCGACUGGUCGAAUUUCACAAAUUUUUUUAGAAUGUAAAGGUUCUGUAUCUCGGCUGCAGUGCAACCUUUCAUUCGGGGCAGAUCUGGUAUUGGCCCAAUAUGUGUAGUCGACGUUACAAAAUGGUUUGACCAGCCAGCCAAUGGGCUGAAAUCACAACUGAAUUUUUUAAUGGCUAGCCAAAAAAUGGAUCGGCUGGCCAAAUAAAUUACGUAUGCCUAUUUUUCACAGCUAUUCCAAAGUUUUGGCCAGCUUUUUUCGAGAUUUCAAAGCCAUUCUGACACAUUGGCUAGUUGAUCCAUCUUUUGGCAGCCAGUAAAAAAUUUGGUUGUGAUCUCAACUUAUUGGCUAGCUGGUCAAAGAAUUUUGCAACAUUGGCUAUGCAUUUUGGGCCAAUACCCGAUCUGCCAAAUGAAUGGUAACCGGAUGCAGCGGCGCCAAAACUUUCAGGGAUAAAUAGGAAAAGUUCCGGAUAAAAUGUCGCUUCGUAUUUUACAACUCAUUAUAAAAACAUUUCCAGUCAACCGGAAUCAACUCCUUCGCUUGCACAGAAGAUUUGUGGAGCUGGAUCGGGAUGGGAAUGGCUACCUGACCAAGGAUGAUAUGAUGCGCAUCACUAAGCUCAAUGUGAAUCCGUUGGGAGAGCGGGUUGUGGACGCGUUUUUCACUGAAAGGUAAAACUUCUAGUCACUUUAUUUCUAGUCACUUUUUAAUUUUUAAAGGCCACUAAAUUACUACAGGAUAUUUUUGAUGAAACUUGGCACAAAUUUCGAGUAAAUUUUUCUAGGACGCUUUGCAUUCCUAGCUCUCGCUUUGCAGAAACAACAGAGGCUUUUAGGUCGAACGUAAGCAAAAAACUCGCCUUUUUUUUCAAAUUGCGGUAUGAAAAAUUUACGGCCUAUUUUUAUCGUACAGCGUAAUUUACACUUCCAGCCAAGACUACAGCGGGAUGAAUUACCGCGACUAUGCCACAGAGGUCCCCUGCGAAAAAGUGUCAUUCCCUCAGUUCGUAAAAGUGUUGGCGAGAUUCCGUCCGCCCAGCAAGAAGGACGCCAACGAAUUGAACACUAGACUCCAGAAGUUGCGAUGUAAGUUAUAACACAUAGUCACUCCUGGGGCCCCACAGAGGAGUGAGAAAUUAGGAGGUUUUUGAUAGACUUUAAUAAUGUUUUGGAGGGUUUGUACGCUCCUAAUUCUAGAGCAAUCAUUGUAAUACUACUUACGAUUAGAAUUCACUGUCAGGCCAAAAGCGGCUUUAACUUCCACCGGGCCGGUAAAAAAAAAUUUUUUGAAAUGGGCCGGGACUAGAGGUGGCAAUCGGGCCGGCCCAGGGCUUUUUCAAAUUUGCUCAGGCCCGGCCCGAUGAAAGCCCAGGCCGGCCCGGCCCGGUUUGGCCCGCUAUACAUAAAAGUUGGAUAAAAGUCUUUGGACUUUCUACUGGAAGUUAUUAUGCUUUCCAGAAGGUUUUUACGUGUGUCUGCGCGAAAUUAAAAAGUCUAGUCGGAUGACUGGAACAUCCGUACAGGUAGCUAAACCUUACAAUUAUCCAAAAAGUUGGAUUGUAUUAAAUUUUUUAAUCCUAUAGGAAGUUAGCUAUAUAAAAGUAUGGACGUUAUAAGGUACAUGGUUAACCAAAAACUGUUUAAACACUUUCAUUUACAUCAAGGAAUCAAAACAGUGAAAUUUUUAAAUCUAUCAUAAAAAAAUUCGAAGAUUUUUGCCCGACCCUUGCAUAUUUGGGUGGGAUUUUACAUAUACAUAAUAAGUUACAUAUACAUAUAAAUACAUAAUUUUAAAAGGUAGUAAAACAGCGUAUAAGUCAAAAAAGGUUUAAUCUAAUUUCCAUCAUUUCUACAAAGCAUUUGUGCUUUAUUUUGCUGGUUUGGCAUUAAAAAUUUUUUUACUUAUCUAGCUUCCGGGCCGGGCCGGGCCGAAAGUGUCGGCCCGGCCGACGGGCCGAAGCGGUCAGGCCGGCCCGGGGCUUUUUCAAAUCUGAUCAGGCCCGGCCCGGCCCGGCCCAAUCACCGGGCCCGGCCGGGCCGGGCCGGCCCAGCCCGAUUGCCACCUCUAGCCGGGACACCUUUUUCGGCACAAAGCCAUGUCCAGGCUAGACAUGGUUGGCGCAGCUUGGUGGAAAUCUGGAAAGUGGUCGGUCCAAGCUGACUUCUUUUUGGAGUCGGGCUUGUGGCUCGACGUUUGUUUCCAGUGAUGAUCCAGUGGCAAAAAACGUAUCAUUUUGCAUAUGGGAGUAUCAAAAAAUGUAGUAUAAUGCCUCCCUCUCCAACUAAAAAAAAGCCCCGUUUUGAAGGGUUCCCUCACAAAAAGAGCGGACGCGUUUUUGAAAUCGGAAUUUUUUCAUUUGUAGAGGGAGGUAUUUUGCUACAUUUUUUGAUACUUCCGGGAUGCAAAAUGGAACGUUUUUUGCUACUGGAUCAUGUCCGCCACUGUAAGUCGGGAUCGGCCACUUUUCUAUAUUUUGAUCGGGCCGGGGGCUUAAAAUUAGCCGUGCCAGCCAUGUCCAGUUCAGUCGCGUCUUUUGGUGCGACAUCGCGCUGAUAAUUUCAUUAUUUUCCCGACAAGCUGAUUCUAGUCCUUCCGGAAAUUUGAAAGACUAAAUUUUGGCGUUUGCACAGUGCGAAAAAAGUAAAGAUGGGCAGCCUAAAAAAAGCCUAUUGUACGGUGCAAAAAGGCACGAAAUUGUACAGUGAAAAGUGAACUUUUGUUUUCCAUGCCGCAAAAAUUACUACAGAGACUUCCCUGACGAGCUAGUACGCCAUAAAAAACUUACCAUGUAAAAACUUACACGUAUACAAACUCACCAUUUCCAGUCGCCUUUUCCAUGUACGACCUGGAGAAGAACAACUACAUAACGCGCGACGAAUUCCGUCAGAUUUUGCAAAAAAUGGUCGGCGGCAAUGUGAGUGACGAACAGCUGGACAGCAUCGUGGACAGGACGAUCGGAGAGGCGGAUCAGGCCAAGGACGGGCAGAUCUCGUUCGAGGAGUUUUGCAAGGCUAUGCAACGGACCGAUGUGGAGCAGAAAAUGUCGAUUCGGUUUUUGAGCUAA